AUGGCAUCACAUCAUGCGAAGAACAGUCUUCACUCCACUUCCAAAGGUACUCGCGAUAUGAGCGAACUGAAGAAGUUGCCGUGGUAUACGCCGGAAAUAGGUAACAAGCUCAACGAAUCGAUGCAAACGUUGUUGGAAGAGUACGGGGGCAUUCUACGAUAUAUUCAAGAAGAACAUAUCCACCGGGUUCGUGACGCAGCCUUUGAAGCCCUGCCGAUCGGAACAAUUGGCGAAUUCUGGUUUCUUGUCCUUGGGCUCGCUGAGCAUCCAAUGUACAAUCGUAUUGUCAAACGACUGACACUUGGUAAUGACAGUCCCCGGCCGACCUUGAUCGAUCUAGGGACCUGUCUUGGUCAAGAUAUACGUAAGCUGAUAUACGAUGGUGCGUCGCCUGAUCAGCUUCUGGGAGUAGAUAAGUUUCCGCAAUUCUUGACUGUCGGCCACGAACUAUUUCAAGACCACGCAAUCACCAAAUCAUGCUUCAAAACUGCAGAUAUCUUUGGCGAGGAAGAAGCUGGUGUCCUUGACACGACCAGAGGCUCUUGGGACAUCGUGACUUCGGCGCAGCUGUUGCAUGCUUUCGACUGGGCAAAACAAAAGCAAGUAGUGAAUCUCAUGUUCCGAUUGGCACGCGGAAAAGGUAGCUGGAUAGCGGGAUUGCUUACCGGCGGCCUACAAGGUCAUUCGGUCCCUGUUCCACCUCCACUGGUUCCUGCCGGCAUACAUGUGGAACGUUACAUUCACUCGGCGGAGACACUGCGACAGCUCUUUCAGGAAGCAUCCGAUGAAGCGGGAUUGUCUGUUAGCAUUGAUGUGCGAUAUCAAGAAGACCCUAAAAGCUUGUACACGAGUGAAAUCACGAAGGGUUUCUUUACUUCUCCAGAGGCGAGGCUUUUAUUUUAUUUUGUUGAGAUUCUUUGA